AAAAAAAAAAAAGAUGAUGCGAACAACGUCUCACUCUGUGCACGUUCAGGCGCUAAGAAAGUGAGACAUUUUUCAACACCACUGUGUGGUUCAAAGAGUUAAAGAAACUUCUGUCACAAGUCGUGAUAAAUGUCAAAUAAAGUUACAAUGUUAGCUGACGAAAACAAAACUGAAAUAACUUUUAUAAUUUAAAUUUGUUAUUUACAAUGGAUUCACUCUUGAUAUACAAACCCGAGGAUUUUGUCAUUUUUAUAUUAACUAAGAUUAAACACACAGAAAAGGCUGUUCUCUUUCUCUAUCUCUAGCGAAAGAAAGAGAGAACGCGGUUUUAUGCGAAGUGCGUCAUGAUGUCGUAAAAAGAGAAGAGAUAAAAGCGCGCUCGCGCGCGGAUGUUAGAAGCACGUAACGCGAAAAUAAACGAUGGAGAUGUAUAUAAUUAAUGCCAUGUUUUUCUUUUCUUAACCGGUACUAUCUCUCGGAUAUCUGUCGUCAUCGCGUUCUCGCCGCAUCUACGUUCUUGAACUUGUACAACUUGACUUGAUCGUGCGAUCGCACGUACGGGCGGCGAUCAGUCACGAUUUAUCAACGGAGAGAGGUACGAGCGCGUUGCCGAACCGCGAGAAGAAUUAUAUCGAAGAGUGCGCGCGCUACAAACGUUCGCGCGCGAUUGUUCGACCGAUUAAUGAUUUUAAAUAUUCGUGUCGCGAAUCGAUGCGGACGUUGAAAACGAAAAGAUCUCUCUCGAUAAGAUUAUUUUCGGAAUCUUUGUUCCGGUAAAAAAACUGUGCGGAAAUAACCACGUCGCUUCUGCGCGCGCGAAGUGCGAGUUUUGCUCGCUCGAUAAAAAUUGCGAUCGAAGUUGAAGGCCGACGUCUUUCGCAGUCGUUCGCAGCCUCGUGGAAAGAAUUGUAACGAUUGAGAAGGCACACAUAGAGGGGAAUGUCAACGUCCGAACGAGACUAGUAGAUUUUGCUCGCUAACGACGUUUCCUGCAAUAAGAGAAGAUGAAGCUAUUCGCGAUCGUUUUCGCUCUUUCCUACUGGCUGACAAUCGGCGCUUGUCUCUCAGCUAGGAGAUUCUGCGCGCCAGAAACGGGAGAUGACUUCCAGCACGCUCACGUGGGCCUGAUAAUCUCGCCCAUAAUGUCCAACAAAAUGAUACGCGAGAUCGAGAUUUAUUGGAACCACGCCAAGUAUCGACCGGGCGAUACGAUAGCUCUUUACACGAGCGUGCCCGCAAACGGCCUCGAGCCAAUUUAUGCCCUGGUACCAGACGCGCCGAGUGGUAUCAAGAGAACCGGGUUGCAGGCCGCGUUCGUUCCCACUUCGAAUCUCACGUUUGUCCAACAAUGCUUGCAUUAUCACGUCGCCUGGCUGAGGAACGACACGAUAAGACUGACAAAUUGUCUGCGAACGCAGCCUCGCUGGAUGGCGGAGAGGAAAGAUAUCCUGGGAUCGCUGCCGAUGAGCAGGGUGUUUCUGCCCGGUACGCACGAUUCCGCGUCGUACGCGAUACACGAGCGGGCGAACAUCGAGAAUAUCGUCGAGAGAUACGUGAUAACGCAGGAUGUAGACGUGCUCGCACAGCUCAUCUACGGGGUUCGAUAUCUGGACAUCAGAGUCGGACAUUAUCCCAACACCAAUUCGGUAUGGUGGGCCAAUCACGGUGUGUUCAAGUCCGUUCCCAUGCAAAACGUCGUGAAUCAGGUGAAGAUCUUCCUCGAUAACACCAACGAGAUCGUGAUAUUCGACGUUCAGGAAUUUCCAGUCGGUUUCGGGAAGAAUCUGGACGUGCAUCACGACUUCGUCGGAUUUCUCGAGGAACAGUUCGCCGGUUACUACCUGCCGAAGACGUACGGAUGGACCAGCACGUUGAACAUGAUCUGGUCGUCCGGGAAGAGGCUCAUAAUCGGUUACGACGAGAAACGAGUUGUCAAUCGUUACGAGACCGUGUGGCCAUGCGUCACGCAUCAAUGGGGAAACGUCAGAACCAUCGAGGAUCUGUUCACCUAUCUGAACCGCAUCGAAACGGAGAGUUUCGGACAUCCCAGAUCGAUACCGAGAUCGGCGAUGGCGGAACUAACGCCUAACACGUUGGACGUAAUUUUAAAUCGUCUCGGAAGCAUUCGUCAAAUGGCGGAGAAAGUCAAUAUCAACGUAACAAAUUGGUACAACAACAAAUGGCAACGUAGCGCCAAUAUUGUCGCGGUUGAUUUCGUUCGAUCGUCCGGCAUCAUCGAGACCGCGAUCGAAUGGAACGAGAGACGGAACGUAAAUUGCUGAAGUUGCGCAAAUAUUGCCGAAGUUUCCCUCAUCCCCUUCCCUUUCUUCACUUUUUCCCCCGCGAGAUCAGACAAGUGUGCGAAGUAUCGAAGUUCGUCAAUAUGCUACUCUCUCGUAAAUUUUUAUACCGAUUAAUGGGAGAAAUUUUCAACGAAUGGUACUUAAUAAACUUGUUACUUACUUUGGACUACACAAGUAUGAUUUUUAACGUAGCGAUGUUAUUCGCCCGGAAGAAAAAAAAAGUCUUUCAUGUUUAAAUUAAUUCGGGAUAUAUAUUACAAAUUGCAACACGUACAAUCACAGACGUGAGAGCGCGUCUCGCACAUAAAUUUUUUACAUUAAAUUUAUUAUCGUGCAACGAAACUUCACACCGGAUAUCAAAUUUGCAAUGAAAGACCCCCUUUUUUUUCCCGAGCGCGCGCGUGAACGUUAAAAUUUUACACGCGAUAAAUUUUUUUUUAGACGAUAAAUCGCGUAGCCUAAACGUCUGAGAAUCAACGGAAAUAUGUCGCAAAAUAUUUUUUACAGUCAAUAUUAAAACCAACAUGUAUGUACAUUUAAAUCCGAAUUAUCCGAUCCCUCUCUGUCUUCUCAAGAAAUCUAUACGGAUAAAGCGCGCGCGUAACAAACAGUUUUGCGCAUCGCAAUCGCGUAACGCGCACCGUUCUUUUCGCGUGACAAUCACUUGUUCCGCCGGAUGUGCGAAUAAUGCUCCAAGGACCAAGCGAGAGAAACGAAAUAUAUAUUGUCCGUCGCGCGCAAAGUACAGGUGCGCGAUGAACUGAAAUCAGUUCAUCUCAUCCGGUGGAGACACAGAGAUGCUGGUAUUCGAUUGCGGAUAUGAAACGAAACCUGUGCGAACCGCAUCGGAUCUUGCCAGUAUUCGUCGCCUCUUCGCGCGAAGAGGACGACGAUAUAACGGGGAAGAAUCACCACAGAACCACACAAGACGGAUCGAUAGUUGGUUUUUUUUUUUUUGUCUUCUCUGUCUUGAACAAAUUUUUAUGGAAUCUCAUUUGUCAGCAAAUAAAUUCAAAUGAGUCAGAGUUUCUAGACAAAAACAAAACAAAACAAAA